CUUGCUCCCGCCCUCGCUAGUGUUGUAGUAUCAACGUAUCAGAACUGACUGACUGUUCAACGCCUCCCUCUCUUAGCGCGGACACACACAGUAGCUUUGUUUGGUGUCGUGAGGGGAUGAGUGUUGACAUCAUUGGUUACAGAGUGAGUUAAUAGUGUUCCUGGAUCAAGCUUUAACAUACAAAACCCUUACUAUUGGUGCUCAUGAGAGGUGACAAGUGUGAUGACAUAGUGGGUAAUAGUGUGUUCUCCCCAGGCACAUACUUAUUGUCAUAUGUCGGUAAUGAGCGUGAUGAUUAGUGAUGACAAGUAGAGUGAGUUUCAGACAUCCUUAUAAAUCAACAAAAUUUAAGGUGAAGAUAAACACGACUCUGUAGUUACUUGGGAAAUUCCACCCAGAGCUGACAGGAUCAACAAACCCCAACAGACGCGUUAUAAACAGUGACUUUGAUCAUCGUCAACAUUACAGUACAACACAAGGACAACAAGGACUAAAGCGUCCUCACCAUGACGAGGUUCCUAGCCCCUCCAGGCAACCUCUUCGUCCUCGUGCUCCGCCUUGGCCUCUUGGUGGCGGCCUCACACCCCUCAAACCCCCACACCUCCAUCUCUCCUACUGACGAAGGGGUUCUGAAGGUCUCAAGCGUCAUUAGAAGUACAGGAGAGUAUUUACAAACAACGGAUACAGGAGACUUCAUUACCCUGGCGGAAGGCUCGUACCCCUUGAAGCUCAUCUCUUCAACCUCACCUCCUGACGAAGGCUCAGAUAAAAGUGUCCGGGUCUUGGGUGUCGAGAGAGACGCUGGAGAACUUUUACGAACGACCGAUGAACUUAGAAGAGGAGGAGCGAGAGAUACCGUGACAAAAGAAGAAACGAAGGAGAAUAACGAAAAUGCAAUGAGUGACGGGGAAGGCAACACACCACGAACCGACAACAACUUAGGUUGGUUCCUGGAGACAGAGGGAGUUGACGUGACGACUGUACCUGUUGUAACUCGUCUGCCCCGCCCUUCACUCACCCAGAAACCUCCCACAAGCCAGUCCCGAGAUGAAACGCCUUUAACACUGGAGUUCCUUUCUGGUGAUCACCGACUGGUCCUCGUCCUUCACCCUACAAGGGAUCUGUUGGCCGCCACCUACACUGAACCUGCUGACGAAAGAGCAUCCGCCCUGAAGGCGAGUCCGAAGGUGUGUGAAUACCAGGGUGUGGUGAAAGGUGUGGCCAACUCCUGGGCCGCCCUCACUCUCUGUGGCGGUGUCAGGGGCGUGGUGGUGGGUGGGGGUCAGGAACUACUGGUGGAACCCUCGCCUGGAGCCUCGUCGCUAAAAGAUCCCCAUCGCGUCUUCUCUUCCUCUCUCCUUCACGUCUCACCGGGAUCCUGUGGAGUGACCACUACUGUCCAGAAGUUCACGGGUGGCGAAGACAACAGCGGUAACAGUAGUAGAAACAAACGUCGGAAAGCCGUGGCAGUCUCUCACAGGGAGCGUCGGGCUGCGUUCUACGGUGGGUCACUGUGGACGAAGGACACCACCAGGUUUGUGGAGUUGGUCUUGGUGGCGGACAAGAGCUAUUACGACACUUACGGUCCUAACACCCGGGAACGCUGUAAAGCCAUAGUCAACAUUGUCAACGCGAUAUACCGGCCGCUGGGUUUGGUAGUGGUUUUGGUACAUAUCGAAGUAUGGAAAACGAGGGACCAAUUUCAGGUGACCAACAAUUUUAAAUCAAACUUGGAAAAACUGAAAGAGUACACAGAACAACUGGAUGUGGAGAGACCUGACCUGAACUACGACAAUAUCGUCCUAAUCACAGUAGUCGACUUCGAUGGCACCACUGUGGGUUUUGCUACUGUAGGUGGGAUGUGUAGUAACAAGGACUCCGUGUCGGUGGUUCAGGACCGAAGCGAGGAACUCGGCGUUGUGGCCCAAACCAUGGCACACGAGAUGGGUCAUAACCUGGCCAUGGUACACGACGAAGACAUAGAAGAUUGCCUCUGUGAGGCUAACAAGUGCAUCAUGAGCCAGACUGGAGAUGCGUGGUUUAACUCCAAAAUUGGGUGGAGCUCCUGUAGUAAACAGCUUCUGGCCUCCGGGUUCGAGUCCAACUCCUUCAAGUGCCUGAAGAACGUGCCGACGACGCUGGUUAGUGACAGCAGCUGCGGUAACGGCGUGGUGGACCCUGACGCCGGGGAGCAGUGUGACUGUGGCCCCGUUGAGUUCUGUGACAACCUCUGCUGCGUCGCCGCCACCUGCCGCCUCGCUGUCAACGCUUCCUGCGCCACCGGGUCAUGUUGUGACACUCAGACGUGUCAUCUGAAGGGUGAAGGAGUGAUGUGUCGUGCGGCGGUAACGGAGUGUGACUUACCAGAGUAUUGCCCACCUGACUCUGAAGUAUGUCCCAACGACGUCAAGUUGAGAGAUGGGACCCCGUGUAAGGAAGGCAAGGGUAACUGCUACGAGGGUGAGUGUGGGAGCCACGAGGGAAGAUGCCAGGCAGUGUGGGGCCAUAGUGCCACAGUCGCCAGCCCCGUCUGCUUCAACAAGAUCAAUAUUAAAGGAGCUUCUUAUGGUAACUGUGGCAAGAGCGACAAUUCUAAGAUCCCUCAUAUAUGUUCCCUAAGAGACGCCCCCUGCGGAACUCUCCACUGUCACCCGGGCCUGAAUGAGGAACCCAAGUUAUAUGGCUCUUUCAGGUAUGGUAGCCAAUAUCAGGGCCGUGAAUUAUGUUCUUACAUCCUCGCCACCAGUGACAUCUCCAGUAGCGUGUGGCUUUCUCCUGACGGCGCUAAGUGUGGCGAGAACCAGUUGUGUGUGAACCAAAAGUGCCAGGACGUUGGUGCUCCUGAAGGGGACUGUAGAGAUGGGUGUUCUGGCCGUGGCGUGUGUAAUAACCAGAAACACUGCCACUGUGACCCAGGCUAUGCACCUCCUGCUUGUAAUUACGUUGGUCGUGGUGGUUCGAUUGAUAGCAACCCGAUGGAGCCGCCGAGGAGGAUGAAGCCACUGGUUGAUGCUCUCGUCUCCCUGGGAUUAAUUUUCCUGGUUGCUGUUAUCAUCUUGUUCUGCUGUUGGAGUCGAAUACAGUGGUGGUGGGAGCGCACAGGGCGACCUUUGUGCCUGCCUUGCUGUGCCUCCUGUAUAGACUCCUGCUGCUGCCCGCUCACGACCAAAGCCAUCCACUGGAUCCUCACCAUUCGUUGCUUCAAAACACAAAAGAAAAACGUCCGGAAAGAAGUGUGUCAGGUAAAAGAGAAAGCCAAAAUAAAUGGUGAAGUGGAUUUAGAUUUCAAAGACUGUUCACCACGCACUAAAACCUGGGGGAAGGCAGACGAGAAACUAAUGACGGAAGUGGUCACACUCACGCCUAAGAAAUCUCCAGACAUAAGGAAGAAUAUACAGUUACCUUCUCGCUCCCCUGUGUUCCGCCACAAGUCUGCACAAGAACUCGACCACCCAACAUAUUUACAAUCCGUCUCGGUGGACUCUGGCUGUAUUGCUGAUAUCGAGGAUGUUGACACCAAUAUAACUCCUAAUUCUAAGAUGUCAAUGACUAGUUUGAUCUCCGUAUUUAGUAAACAUUGCUCUCUAUCCUCGAAAAAAGCAGGACAGAAUGAUAAUCAACUUCCAAGACAUUUUGAAAGGCAGAAAUCGAUGCCUCUAAGUCGUUUUGUUGUGGAUCCUCUUGUGGGGAACCGGAGCUCGAGGCAGGGUUCUCCUCCCCCAGACCAUAUGAAGACAAACUUUCGCCGAUCCAUCUCUAGUGACGUUACUAAUGGGCGUCCAGGAUGGGCCCCGCUAACCCAGCCACCCUCAAACAAGACUUACAGGAUUGACGAAAACUUGCAGAAACUACCCAAACUGGCCGAUAAUGCUUUCGUUCAGUCUGAAAAUGGAAACAAGUUAGUGAAUUCCAGCCAUUACGGUCAAGAAUCUGUAACCCAGACACAAAAGAAGCCAUUAAUGCCUCCAAGAAAUUCCAGUUCGCCCCCGAAGAAGGUCUCACCCAUUAGAGUAGCGCCUCCGCCCCCUGCACCCACACCAGCGAAAGGAGACCAGACCAAGACGCCCUCGAUGUUUCUCUGGAAAGGGAAGACCGGCCCUGAUCAUUCUAAAUUACCUGGAACCGGUAGUGACCCUGACACAAAAACAAAACCUCCAAGACCGAUGCACGAGGGAAAGAGUGACGCUGCCUCCCUUGGGCCAUCCAAACCAACGAGGGUUCCUCUGAUGCCGCCAAAGACAAGUCCUCCUAAGCCGCCAAAGACAGGUCCUCCUAAGCCUCCAAAUAAGGGACCUUUAAAGCUGCCAAAUACAGGUCCCUCUAAGUCACCAAACACCGCGUUACAGUCUGGAGCCAAGAAGAAUGUCCCAGUUCCGUCUGGCAAAGGAGUCAGCGUGAAGGAUAUAGCACGUCGGCUGGAGCAGUCGUAGCAGACCGUCACUGCCGAGGAUGAACCAACUCUCGUGCCUAGUUAUGACUUAACGAAUCUGUCUUAAGAGUCACCUGUGUCACCAAUCUAGGAUGAUUCUCACAUUAUAUUUUAUCAAAACAAAGAAUCUCAAUCAACAAUUCGUUAUCUAGCUGAAGACAUAAGAAGAAAUGGUAUAUCUUCUUUAACGUAAUCAUCAAGAUGUACAGUUCAGUUGCGGGCAAAAUUCCCUGGACACUUGGCCAUAAUACGUAACGAGAAGCAGCAUUAUUAGAUGCACACCAAUCAGAUAUACGACCACAGAAGUAGACGCCAGAUAUUGCCAAGUGUCCAGAGAAUUUUGGAUACAACUGUACUUCUUUAAUUAAUGUUGUAUAUUACUGUAUGACCUGAUAUAAAGAGACUUAUUGUUGAAGUGUUGUAUGAUGACGUCAACAUCUCAGUGACCGUUAUCGACUUGUAGUGUUGUUGUAACGAGAGAAUGACACUUAAGAAGCAGCAUAACAAGUACCUAGUGUUCUGUAUGCUCAAAACAUUCAUUUAAAUCUCGUCUUCGUAAAUGAUUCAUCGCUUAAUUUGCAGUUCCCUAGAAUACUGUGUGUGUGUGUGUGUGUGUGUGUGUGUGUGUGUGUGUGUGUGUGUGUGUGUGUCAAAGGAGGAUAAUGGAGACUGACAAUCACUGUACGUAAAGAUUUAUUUAUAUGUUAUAGGACUUCAUAAUAGCUCUCUCUCUCUCUCUCUCUCUCUCUCUCUCUCUGUCUCUUCAUUCUGAAAGGCUUCGAUCCUCAUGACUCAGUGAAUGUGAGGAAACACCUGGUGAAAACUUGUACAUGUGUGUGUGUGGGGGGGGCAUCUGGCCCCGUGUGUACACUAUAUCACUUUCCAGAUAUAAUGAUGAGUGUGUCUCUGUCAGUCCCUCCUCCCGCUCACAGCCAACGAUCUGUCACAGGCUAAAAAAAAUAAUCUGAAAUGUUUUACUGAUAUUAUAAACAUACAUUAUAUAUAUGCAUACAGCAGCCACACUAUUGUUUCCUGAUGAAAUUCGAAUCAUUACCAGUUGUACCACAAACGCCUAAGGUUAUCUGUGGUAACUGUGGUGGUCUUGGUUCUGGUCGUGCAAGGAGGCGUUGGUCUGUAUCAUGCCAUGCGUCUGUUGUGUCUAUUCUGAGUACAAUAUAAAUAAUAAACCCGCUAUCUAAUUUUUUUUGUCAUGGAAUAUCAGAAACUUGUUUAUGUAAUUUUGUUAUUUAUGAUUUGGUUUUAAGUGAAUACAGAGAUCUCUAUUUACCAAUAAACCUUUGUUUAUAUUUACAUCUCUCCCACACACCUGUCUCCUCAGUGUCCAGUUAUAGAGGUGAGGUUAAGUUAGGUUAGGGCCACAGGGUGUCCUCACCGGUCUCCUGGGACCGUAUACACAAAACUUUUCUGCUACUGACAUAAUAGUACUGUUAGCUAGCAGGAAAAUUUAAAAGUUAUUCACAAAGCUUAACUCACAAACUUUUACCGCACGAAUAUUUGUUUGUUAAGUAGACCACUAAACAGCGCUAAGGAUAACAGGAGUUCAUCAUAUAAAAUGGUCUUAUGGCUGAAUAACUUCAAGAAAAUUAUGAGGAUUAAUUUCAAUAUUUACAUUUAUAUACAUUUUGAUCAUUAAAAUAAUAAAAAAUAUAAUCUAUACA